AUGAGUAAAGUCGAGGGCAUGGUUGACGGGCUGCACGAUGAGACUGCUGAAACUUUGGACACCAUUCUGCGGAAAGCACGGCGGUUUGUUCAAAAGCAUGAACUACCCUUCAGUCUGAAGAAGUUCUACACGGUUGUUGAUGCAAGAUUAGCGGCCCAAGGAAUAUGCCGAGAUCUGAAAGAGAAGAUUCCAUUCAGAUUUGUAGAAAACAGAGAUCCUCAGGACAUCUUUGAGGUGGUAGUACCAGAACCCAUCUUCACCAAAGACAAGGAGCAUCUGAAUAGCAUGCUGUCGUAUGUUCUAGAAGGCAAGCAAUGCAACAAUGCCAGCAAGGGGCUUCUGCACAAAUGGGAAGAUGCCAGAAGUAAGCAUGUGAAAUGGAGUUCAGAUUGGCUAGUUGCUGAUGAGGCAGUUGAGGUAGGAAAUUUUUUAGGACAAGGUGGGCAGGCAUGCGUGCAUGAAGGCAGGUAUAAAGGUGAGUUGGUUGCUGUCAAAAAGCCAACAAUAUCUGUACAGGACCUGUCCAUUGACAAGUUGGCUGCACUUCUGAAAGAGGGAUAUUUACAUUCUGAGCUCGAUGCCAAGUACACCCCACGGCUGUUUGCGAUUACGAAGUCAGGUUGGAUUGUCAUGGAACUGGCGGGCAGAGACUUGCACACACUUUGCCAGGAGGAGCAGGACUUGGCUUGGUCAAAAAAGCUUCUCCUUCUUCAGAAAGGUGCCUUUGCAUUGAAGUACUUUCACAGCCAGGGAAUUGUUCACAGUGAUGUGAAAGGCAGCAAUUUUCUGGUGUUUGGGUCUCUUGAAGAUGACUAUGUUGUCAAGCUGGCAGAUUUUGGCGUUGCAAGUGAUGACACCUUUACAAGAAGCUUGACAGUGAGGGCGGGAGAGGGGACUGAUGUGUAUAUGGCCCCCGAAAUUUAUGAUGGCAUAGUGUCCACCACGGCAUCCGACAUCUUUGCCUUGGGCAUCGUUAUGUAUGAGCUCAUAACAGGCAAGGAAGCUUACUCUAUUAAGGGUCGUGAAAGGACUAGAUGUUUUCUCAUGAUGAUGAAAACUCAGGGCAAGCAGGGGAGAACGCCUGUUCAACCUUGCAACAUUGUUGCGAGGGACUGUCCAAAGGAGAUGCACAACUUGUUGAAGAUGUGCUGCAAUGAGGAUCCUGAGAUGCGACCUGCUGUGGAAGAGGUUUGUACACAACUUUCAGAGAUGCCGAAGGCUUGGGUCGCUGCGGGUUCCUCUGUGGCCAAGCUCAAUUCGACCAUUGCUGAAGCUGAGCAGGUGUUUGAAGCUGAAAGUGUUCUGUACAACAAGACAGAGCUGAUGUUUCUAUAUCAGCAGAUGCAGAAGAUCAGAAUGUUGGAGGACAUCUCAGUUCAGAGACUGGAAGAGAAGGUUCCAGAGGCAUUUGAAUCUCUUGAAGAGACUUUACACUGUUGUGUGAAGCUGAUCAAACAUCACACAACUAAGUUCACCGGCCAGCUUUGGUAUUCCUCCGGAGAAGUCAAGUGCCUUGUUGAGAGAUACUGCAUGGCCUUCCGCACCUCUGUUUGCAAACUGGACGGCAACUCCCAUGUGGAAAUCGAGUACAAAAUCCCCAAAGAGAAUAUUGGUGAGGACAGAGCCUUGCUUGCAAGUAUAUUGGCCUAUGUACUUGGAGAUGCAGACCCUAUGAUGGCAGAAACAUGCAAAGAAUGGAAGCAGGUGAAGGACAGCACAGCUGGGCUGUUGGACAAAAUGCAGCCCAUCAGCGAUGAAGAAAUCUCCAUGCAGGAUGAAUAUUUUUGGAGCGGGAGUGACGACGAUGGGGUGUAUGAAGCACAGUGGGAAGGAAAAAACGUACUGGUCAAAAGGCAAGCUCCUGCCUCCACCAGCCUUGAAGGUUUGGAGAGACUUGGCAAGGCUUGCUCGUUUCUUGCUCUUCACAACUGCAAAGAGCAUGCCCACAUUGCUAGUGUGCUCGCCAUCACCAAGUCAGGCUCAAUUGUGAUGAAAGGGGGAACGGCAGAUUUGGUCAACUGGUACAACGCCCAGGGCAGUGGUUUGUCGUGGCAAUUGAGGCUUCAUGUCCUCUGGCAGGCCUCAUCCGCCUUGGAAAAGCUGCAUGACGAUCCCACGCCACUCAUCCACUCUAGCUUGAAGACGAAGAGCUUUGUGGUGGAUGACGUUGAGCACGACUCGCCGCAUGUCAUGCUGUGCUGCUUUGAACCGAUGAGUCGUCAGUAUGAUGCCCAGAAGAUUGAGAUUUGUCAGCCAAGGAGGACCGUGUAUGAUGCCCCAGAACUGCACAGGGGAAAGCCUUCCACUGUUCAGAGCGACGUCUACAGCUUCGGUGUGGUUGUAUGGGAGCUCGCUGUGCAGCUGCCCCCGCAGCAAAUGACUUCUGGUCAGCAGUGCAUUCAUCCUGAGAGACUACUUGGCAGGCUUCUUGAUGAUUGCCCUCAAGGGUUGACAUCAAUAAUCAAGAAAUGCUUGUCGCCUGAGCCCUCAAAGAGGCCAAGGAUGUGCGAACUGCGAAGUCAAUUGUUUGACCUCAAGAAACAGGUUGAUCGUCGAAAUGUGUCUGCCGUCUGA